AUGGCGAUUUUCAGUGUGUACAUCUUGAAUCGAGCCGGGGGACUUAUUUAUCAUUACGACCACGUUACGCCAAAAAGCGAAGUGGAACAAGCAUUUAGCUAUCCUUUAGACAUUGUGCUACGUGAAGAUGAUAAAAUAACAGUGAUUUUUGGUGAAAGAGAUAAUAUAAAAGGUAAGUUUAAAUUCAAUGAUCAUGAGACAUCUUAUUUCCACUCAGUUUAUAAAGCUUGUACAAUGUAAUUAUAUUAAAAGCAAUAAAUUUCCUUUAAAUUAGUUGGACAUGCCUUGUUGGCGAUUAAUGGCGAGACCGUCACAGGAAGGCGUCUGUCUGAUGGGAGAGAAGCUAUGGAAGUUAUCAGAGAUCCGGCGAACUACCCUCUUAACUUGAAGUUCGGUCGGCCAAAGCUCACAACCAACGAGCGCAUUAUGUUAGCAAGCAUGUUUCAUCCGUAAGUCAAUCAUGCUUAAUACUAAAUUUAAUGUUAUGGUCCACCGACAAAGAAAUAACACAACACACAAGGCUUCAAAGAUGAUGUGAACUGUGGAAAUACAAAUGUAAAUGGAGAUAUGAUCGUUGCAGUGGUAAGUGGAAAUAUGGGGAAUUGCAAAUUAACCUGAGAAGAAUUUUGGGACUUCAGUGGGAUUUAAACCCAUGGCCUCUGCGUUAACGCUGCAGUGCUCUACCAGCUGAGCUAUGAAGACCCAUACAUUGGGAGCAGGCCAAUUUGUUGAGUUCAUCUUAACCCGUGAGAGGAAUGAAAAAUUGAAUGAAGAUGAACUGAACUGCUUUGGUGGGAGAAAUUGGGCAGGGAAAAUGCCCGAAUAAAACCCACCAACUGGAUAACCCAUCGGAUGAGGGGUUUUGGCACAUGGCUCCUAGGGGGUGCCUCAUGCCUACACUUAAAGGGGAGCACGAUUCACACAUCCAUGUGGCUGGAAUUACUUGUAUGUCCUUGGUCAAGUAAACCAAGUCCAGCAGUAUUCCCAUCUCUCCCCACCCCCUGACAGGGCUUUAGCACAAGUCUGAAGGGGUGCUGCAAACAGCGAUUCCCCACCCAACCCCCCAAAAAAUGCCAAGUAGAACAAGAAGUUCCUUGUGCUAAGCCCAGUCCCGAAAGACCCUCUCUCCAGUUAGAUGCAAAGGGGGGGUGCUUACUCCAGGUGGCUUGUUUUUGGUAAGAUCAAUGGUAAGUGACCCAGAGGUAACCCCUGCUGACCCCGUUGAGGAAUGGAAUAGAGUGAGGCAUUGGUGGAGAAAGGGCAAGCCAGGUAGUGAGUACCUCAGGGAUUAGAGCAAGCUAACUGGGUGCAUUUUAUGUCAAUUACACCCUGAUUAAGCCUUGCAUAAUCUUAUCACUAUUAUAUGUAACUUGAUUUGUUUGCAGGCUGUAUGCAAUCUCUGCUAAACUGUCUCCAGAACAAAGAUCUUCUGGAAUUGAAGUAUUAGAAGCAGAUUCCUUUAAACUUCAUUGCUACCAAACACAUACUGGUAGGUUUUAAAUAUAUUUAAAGAUGUUCCUGUAUAGUUUGUGAACGGAUCAAGAAGAUAUCAGGGUCAGAUAAAAUAAGGGAAAGGUCAAUAUAAAUAGCUAAUGGCCAAAAUUCCUCUCUGUCAUUUCCUGACAAAAAGAACUUAUAUACCAUACUACUAAGAAUGUAAUAAUUCUUAAAGAGUAUCAGUUGUUAUUAUUUUAAAAGCAUGAGUGUAUGCAAGAAAGCUUAGGAAUUUUGAUGAAGAAGUUAUUCACUAGCCUGAUAGAUUUGUUACAGUUGAAUUUUAAUUUCAGGUGGUCUUUGUAUAGGUAAUAGCAUGAUUUGUAGUGAUAUUUGGCAUAAAUACCACGAGUGAUAUUUCGAAAUUGUUGUACGUAAUUUCACGAGCCGUUAGGCGAGUGAAAUUUGAGUCAAUUUUGAAAUAUCACUAGUGGUAUUNAAUAUAAAUAGCUAAUGGCCAAAAUUCCUCUCUGUCAUUUCCUGACAAAAAGAACUUAUAUACCAUACUACUAAGAAUGUAAUAAUUCUUAAAGAGUAUCAGUUGUUAUUAUUUUAAAAGCAUGAGUGUAUGCAAGAAAGCUUAGGAAUUUUGAUGAAGAAGUUAUUCACUAGCCUGAUAGAUUUGUUACAGUUGAAUUUUAAUUUCAGGUGGUCUUUGUAUAGGUAAUAGCAUGAUUUGUAGUGAUAUUUGGCAUAAAUACCACGAGUGAUAUUUCGAAAUUGUUGUACGUAAUUUCACGAGCCGUUAGGCGAGUGAAAUUUGAGUCAAUUUUGAAAUAUCACUAGUGGUAUUUAUGCCAAAUAUCACGUACAAAUCAUGCUAUUAUUUGUUUAUGCUACUACCCGCAAAGGUUUUGUAAUUUUCACAUGUAGGUAUUUCAAAUUAAGCUGAAAUACCACUGCUCUUAGCCAAUCAAAUUGAAGAAAUUUCUCACGUAGUAGUAUAAAAAGGAUAAGCACAAAAAUGUUCUAACUAGAUGAAAUUGUUCCAGCUCAUGUAUGAGUUAAAUAAAAUCCCCUCUGAUGUAAACAGUUCAUCUUCUUGGUAAAAUUUUUAAUAUAUUAAUAAAUUCCAUAUCAGCCAUAUCUGCAUAUGAGUUUAAAUUUACUCUCUUUGUGCUUCUUGAAUUUCAACAGGAUUAAAGUUCAUUGUGCUAACAGACCCAAAACAACUUGGAAUGGAUAUAUUCUUAAAAAAGAUUUAUGAGCUUUAUUCAGAUUUUGCCCUGAAGAAUCCAUUUUACUCACUGGACAUGCCCAUAAGGUAACAACAAAACAGUAUGUAUGAUUUUACAAAACUUUAUUUAACCAGAAAUUGCUUGAGCGUAGAUGAGGAAUAACUUUCAGAGAGAAUUAUUUUGCCUUAAAACCCAGUUAGUGAUGUCAGAAUACUACUUACAUAUAACUAUUAUAAACUAAGAGUACAUUUAACCCUUCAAGCCCUAAGAGUGAUCAGCAUCAAAUUUCUCCUCGCAAUAUCAAUGCUUUGUAAAACAGAGUGGUCAUGGGAAUUAGAGACAUGAUCACACAAGAUGAAUUUGCUUGAUAUUUUAUCAACUUCUCCCCUCCACUACUUCUGUAGGAAAUGAGAAGGAGCGACAAAUAAGAUAUCAAUUUUUGAUCUUAGGGAUUAAAGGGUCAAUGUAUUAAGCAUUGUUAUUUAUUGAGGACACUGCUUGUACAUCUCCUACCGGAGAUAUUUGUUUACAUGGUCAUCCAAGCCACUUGAAGGUCUAGCCAUUUGCAGGGCAAAUGGAUGGACCUUGAUUUAUAAAAAGGGUCUAUGCUAAAUAGCAAAGUUAUUGUUUUAAGCUUGAGAACAGAUGCUUAACUUGUAUUUUUGGUUUGCAACCACGUGGCAAGGCAGCCAUGUUGGUAGACAAAGCAAUACAAAUUUUUGUUUGCAGAAUUUGUAUGAAAAAGGGGUUUAAUUCCCAGCGGAGGGAAACACUGUUAUUCUUGUCAAUUGACAUGGCCGCUGUGACGUCAACAGUGAACCAGCAAUAGUGCUGAUUUAACUAGGCUUCUCUCUCUUUAGGUGUGAACUGUUUGACACAAACUUACAGAGAGCGUUGGAUCAGGCUGAGAGGUCAAGCAAUCCCUCUUUAGCUUAA